AUGUUGUCAAGGAACAUUACUCGUUGUUUGCUCCCACGGGCAAAGUGUACAUCGUACGCCCCAUUAGUGGCAUGGACUCCGCCCACUAUCAGGACUCCAUUUUCGGUACUACCUAGAAAAGAAAUGCCUACUUUACUUAUUGACACACCAAAGAUAGAAGAAAUGACAUGUGGAACAGGACAACCUGCUCAGCGCGGGCGUCGCAAACCAAUAGUGUGGAAACGAAGACAUCCAUGGUUUGAUAGGCAAUGGUCUCUCGACCUUAAACGCGCCAAAAAAGGUCCAUCGACCCCUCAGUUUCCUGAGGGCGUUCCGUUUACUCAAAUUAGGUCGUUUCAAUCUUUUGCAGGGAGGUCAUGGAAAAUUAAUGCUGGACGUAGAAGGAAAAUACGUCUUUCGUUGAAACGAGGUCGUCGCAAGUUAUUGUAG